CUCGGUGGCAGCGGACGUAAAAUACAACUAACACUAACUAACUAAUUAGGAUUUACAUCUGCGAUAUCACCUCGGUGGAAGCGGAUGUUAAAUAAUGCUAUUUCACACACACAUUUACAUGGCUUGUCUGCGAUAUCACUUCGGUAGAAGCGGACGUUAAAUAACGCUAUUUCUCACACAUUUAAUCAUUUAUAUGGUGUGUGAAAAAUUGUCUGUGGACAAACAUUAAAGUAGCUAAGUCUCUUACUCAGUAUCAUCCAAAAUCUUCGACAUUGAAAACACUAAUUAUUUGUCAAUUUAAAUCAACAUAUUGAUGUUGUGAUCUUACCAGGAAAAGAUGGGCUUCUGAUUAAGUGAUAUCCAAUAUUUAAGACAAAAUAAACAUUUUACCAUUGGUACACGAAUCGUGUACCUUAAUGCAUUUCAGGCCCAUUCUAACAAGGGACUCGAAGAACGAGGCUAGACAUUCAACAAGUCAUGUGAAACGGUGACGGUGUAUUCAUAUCGGCAGAGUAUGCGCAAUAAAUACUAUGUAGACUAGAAUAACCAGGCGUUAGAAAUUUUCAUUCGAUUGAGACUUCUGACAUAUUUCGCUGAACGUAACUGAUUUGAAAUUAGAGUAAAAAUGGAAACGAUUCAAUAUAUCUAGAUGUUUUUACAGUCGUCUUAAACCAGACAAAAGAGAAGGUACUAAUAUUAUACAAAAAAUGUCCAUCAAGCGAAUGGUAUAUGUUUACGAUGGAAAAGGUGCAGAGAAUAAUUCUAAAAGACUUUUGAUAUACGCUCUCCAGCAAUCUCUAGAUAAAGAAUAUGAUGUGUGUACUAUUUCACCUGACCAAAUAAAAGAAGGAUCAUGGAAGGAUAAAGCUGCAGCAAUAGCAUUUGGAGGAGGAUAUGAUUUAGGAUUUAUUAGUGAUUUAGGAUCUCAAGGAAUAAACAAUAUUAAGGUGUAUGUCCAAGAAGGUGGUAAAUAUUUAGGAAUUUGUGCUGGUGCAUAUUUUGGAUGUAAAAGAAUUGAAUUUGAUAGAUGUGGUCCACUUGAAGUCUGUGGUGAUCGAGAUUUGGGUUUUUUUCCAGGUUUAUGUAAAGGUCCAGUGUAUCCAGGCUUUAAAUAUAAUACAUUUGAAGGUUCUUUAGCUGUUCCCAUUGAACUUCAACAAUCUUCAAUAACAAAACGAUCAUUAGAUGUUUAUUUCCAUGGAGGUGGCUAUUUUGAAACAAACAGUAUUGACUAUAGUGUACUAGAUUCAGUACAAAUCAGCCUUAAUACAAAAUUGAAACGUGAAUCAUUGAAGAGACGGAAAAAGCUUUUGAAUACAUCACAGAAAUCUUCUCAACAGAUUGUACGUUUAAAACAGAAAGCCUGUCAUAAACUUUUGUCGCGAAAAGUACAAAUUUUAGCUAAUUACAGUGAAAUAGAGAAUAAACCACCUGCAAUAGUGACAUGUUAUUUUGGGAAAGGGGUAGCUAUUUUGUCUGGUGUACAUGUUGAGUAUUCAUCUAAACUACUAGAUGACAAGGAUCCCUUCUUAAAGAAUGUUAUAGAAAAAUUACAGCCAUGUGAAGAUGCACGCUCAACAUAUUUUAUGUCACUGUUGGAAAAAUUAGGUCUAAAUAUUAGGUUAUCUUAAUUUAUUUACCGGUAUUAUUAAAAAUGUUCAAAUAUUACAUUAUGCUACUUUAAUUAUUUUGAUGCUACAUGUAUAUCUUAUAAUGCUAUGGCAAUAUUACAGCCAGAUGGAGACAACCACUUUUCAUAAUUGGGGGGUUGGAUGGCCGAAAGGUUAUCACAUGCGCGCUGUAUCAUAAGUCAACUGGCGUGGUUUCGAUUCCUCAGUUGUACAUGACAAGGAGUAGGGUCGUCUGUCCAACCUCAUGGGGUUUUUCCGAGUCCUCUGGUUUCCUCCCACUGCUAAAGACUCCUAUGCGCAAGCAAAUUAUUGAAAUAAAAUUGAACUAGAUGUUAUUCCCGAAAUGACCUAGUUUGUGUCGAGUGGACAUUAAACCCCAUUUCUCUCUCUUUCUCUUUUCAUACUUUUUUUCAUAUUUUCAGUCUCUGUCAGAAAAAUUAGGUUUGGUAUUAUUUAUUUCUUGGUUUGUUCGGGUUUUUUUUGAUGAUUUUAUAUUGUUAUAAAAAAAUAUAGCUAUGUGGACAUGACCACUUUAGAUUCUCAUAAAAUUGGAUUUUAAGAUAUAUUUGGCCUCCUAUUUACACCUACAUAACUAUCGCUUUAUAGUUACUUUUCCAAAGUACAGUACAUAGAAAACUGUAUUUGUAGCUGAAUACAAAGUUCAUGCUCCUAUAUUUACAUAACCAAAUUGCUUAAAGACUAUACAAACUAUGGAGAAAACUGUAUUUGUUGCCGAAAACAAAGUUGUUACUCUUAUUUACAUAAACAUUGUUUAGAUAUAUACUAUAUCUUAGCUGUGGAGAAAACUGUAUUUGUUAAUUUACAUUAACAUAACAAUUGUUUAGUGUUUAGAUACUAUAUCUGAACUACAGGGAAAACUGUAUUUGAUUUUACCAUCUUACGAUUGAGAAAUCCUAUUCAGAUAUAAAUAUACAGGUGUCACUUAGUGAAAUAAGUAUAUAACUAUCUCUUGCCAGAUUUGUGAAUGCUGUUUCUUAUUAUUUUAUUGCAAGUUUCCUAAUCACUUUCAGUCUAUGACCUCUCAAGGGACCACAUCUUUAAACAUGCAUUAUGCAAGAGCUAAGUGUGCCUAUUGCAAAUCUUUCUUUAGGCCUGAAAUGUUAUCUAAAUUAUUAAUUAGACAUUAUUUAACUUAUCCAGAUCAUAAUCAGAUCUCGAUGCCAUUGUUACCCUGUGAUAUUUAGUGGAUUUGAAUACAUUUUAUUGAUGGAUAAUUUAACAUAAAAAUAGAUAAUCGAGACUUGGUUUAUCAUCACACCAAAGUUAGCAAAGACGUUCAGGGCUAGCCAAAAAUUGAAUCACUAAUAUCUUGGUUCAAACUGAAAUUUUCAGCAUAUUCUGUUUUCAUUAUCUAUUUUUUAACUAUUAUAGCGAGAGCUGUCAGCUCUUUAUAUAAUCUUACCUAAUGCCCCUUUAGAUAUUAUGUUUUAUUCCUUUACUUAUUGUGAUGAUUUGAAGAUGUCAUAUGUUAGAUAAUCAUGUUUAUACAAAUUUUGGUGAUGACUACCUGUGCAUUUAUUUGUUAUAUAUUUGUUAUAAGUGUUAUGUAAGUGUUAUGUAAAGAAAAACCAGAAAAUGAAUUGUAUUUAGGUGUUUUAAAGUAUAUUAAUAUAAAAUAUCUGAAUUUAUCACAAAUUUGUUGACAUGACCUGUUAAUAUUUAGGACCAAAUGAGCAAAAAUAAUUUUAAAUGGUGAACCUCUUCCAUGGACCUUAUAAUGGUGUAUUAUUACAAACAAAUGGUACACUUAUAAGAGUGUAUUGAAAUUUCCAUGCCUCUUCUAUGAAACAUAUCGAAUGACAAUUUUUACCAUUACACUCUUAAACAUAUUUUUUUUGUUUAUUUAUAUUUGUUAUGUGGAAAUAAUAUUAUUUAUAGAAUAAAAAAUUGUAUA